AUGCCGAAAAAAGAAAGUUUGCUGUCCCGCGCAUCAACUUACUCCCCCAUGGAUGACCUUCAAGUGUACAAAGGAAAGGAGAUGAAAUGGAGCUCCUCUGCUGGAGCAUGUUGCGCCAGCUUUGGCGCCGGCUGUUGGCCGCAGGACCUCGCAGGUCUUGGAAGCCGAGUGUGUUUAGUGCUUCGCGAGGAUUGCGAGGCGCCACACACACAACGCGGAACGCGUCUCCGUGCUCGCGCUUCUCCUUUAUUUUUGUUGCGUGUGUUCCACGAAGUGCCGCGAGUGCCAAAGAAGAGUCAACUCCUCCGCAGAUCGAAGCAGAGACCGAGAGAGCCCAGAGAGAGAGAGAGCGAGAGCGAGAGCGAGAUAAGGAACCCAAUCGGCCUCACGAUUGACACCCUGCAGCGCAUCCUGCGCCAGGCCCUGCCGCUGGCCACGGAUGCAGUGAUCCGACUCAAUGGCAGCCAGGAGCUACCCGGUGGCCUGGAGGUGAAUCUGGCCGAUCUGUUCAACUACACCGGCGUGGAGUUGGACCUGGCGGCUGACACCUCCGGCCUGGCAGAUGUUGUGCUGCCCGAAAUGGUUUCGAAUCCGGAUGGAUUCCGUACCAGCACCGUAGCUCCAACGCCGCGGAAUAGAACAGGGGCACGUGUCAGCGCCGAUGUCCCCAUCUGGGUGGUGCCCUGCUACUCGGCCAUCCUUCUAUGCGCCGUCGUGGGCAAUCUGCUGGUGGUGCUCACCCUGGUUCAGAAUCGUCGCAUGCGAACGAUCACCAAUGUGUUUCUGCUCAAUCUGGCCAUUUCGGACAUCUUGUUGGGCGUCUUCUGCAUGCCGGUAACCCUGGUGGGCACCCUGCUCCGUCACUUUAUCUUCGGUGAGCUGCUCUGCAAGCUCAUCCAGUUUGCACAGGCCGCCUCCGUGGCCGUGUCUUCCUGGACUUUGGUGGCCAUAUCCUGCGAGCGCUAUUAUGCCAUCUGUCAUCCUUUGAGGUCACGCACCUGGCAGACCAUCAACCAUGCCAACAAGAUCAUAGCCAUCAUCUGGCUGGGCAGUCUGGUCUGCAUGACGCCCAUAGCCGCCUUUAGCCAGCUGAUGCCCACCAGUCGACCAGGCCUUCGCAAGUGCCGGGAGCAGUGGCCAGCGGAUAGCCUCAACUAUGAGAGGGCCUACAACCUGUUCCUGGACCUGGCUCUGCUCGUCCUGCCCCUGCUGGCUUUGAGCUUCACCUACCUGUUCAUCACCCGCACCCUGUACGUGAGCAUGCGCAACGAACGGGCCAUGAACUUUGGCAGCAGCGGUCCGGAGCUGGUCCCCGGCUCGGGUUCCGGUUCCGCAUCCGCCGGUGGGCCGGGCAGUCAGCGGCGUAACGGCGCCAACGGAAGCCAUUGCCAAUCGUUGGACACGAUUGUGGCGGCGCAGCAGCAGCACCAUCCGCAGUACUAUUACGCGGACUAUGCCCAUGGCGGCAGCAAGCGGCGGCUGCUGGGCGGAGCACCUUGUGAGGGGCGGCGACACCUGUACUGCAUGAGGAGUGCCUCUGUCAAGUCGCUGCGACAGCAGCAGCAGCAGGUCAACGGGGGAGCAAGUGGAGCAGGAGGAGACUGCUGCAGCCGGGCCCAGCGGAUGCGACACCAGAUGCAGCAUCACCAGCAUCCGCAGCAGCAACAGCAGCAGCAGCAGGGUUAUAUCAGCGACAACGAGUCCCGGCGCAAGUCCCUGUCCCAGCCUAGCCUGCGCAUCACAGAGGCGGGACUGCGAAGAUCCAACGAGAGCAAGAGCCUGGAGAGUAAGAAACGCGUGGUGAAGAUGCUAUUCGUCCUGGUCCUGGAGUUCUUCAUCUGCUGGACACCGCUGUAUGUGAUAAACACAAUGACCAUGCUCCUGGGACCGGCGGUGUACGAAUAUGUGGGCUACACGGCCAUUAGCUUCUUGCAGCUGCUGGCCUAUUCCUCCAGCUGCUGCAACCCCAUCACUUAUUGCUUCAUGAAUGCCAGCUUCCGGCGCGCCUUUGUGGACACCUUCAAGGGCAUGCGAAUCUGUGAGCGACUGUGUGCACCCUGCUGCUUCUGGCGGCGACGGUCCAAGAACGAAACGAAUCUCUCCGUGGCUGGGAACUCGAUUGCCCUGGCCAACUCGGUCAUGUCCAGCCAUACGAUUCUGGAGAGCCCGCGACUCUGAGCCAGCCGGCGGAGGCCAAAGCCCCAAGUUGGAGCUGAUAUGGCAGAGACGGAGUCGCUGUAGUGGUGGUGACUCUCUCUUAUUUGUGAUGAUGCAAUCUAACUGCAAUAGAAACUGUGUGGUUGUCAACGAUUCUGCCGCGUUCUGAAUGUGGGUGGAGUGAGCUAUAGGAGGAGGCGGAGGAGGAGGAGGAGCAGGGUGGCCAGGAGGAUUUGGUAGGAUCUAGGGAAUGUUAAACCUAGCAAUUAAUGUUUUUAAACUACGUAUGUGUCCGUUUUAGAGUUGCGCCAAGGCGAGUUAAUUGAUGUGAGUUACUAGGCUUUGACCUCGCGUUUCUUUUUGUUUACAUAAAAUGUACAUUUAAGGGCUAAUUAACGGGUAGAUAAAGUCCCUGUCAGGGUGAGAGGGUAAUUAUGAGAGAGUGAAGUGAAGGUAAAAGCCUAAAAUAUUUACAGGUGAGAUUAAACCUAGGAUUCUAGUAGACCUUUGGUUUAUCUACUACAUUUAAGGGUAGCUUUCUCAGUCUCCGGUUAAUAUUAACGGGUAGAAAAAGUGUCUGUUAGGAAUAAAAGGAAGUAAUGAGAAGAGGAUGCAAGUUAAGUUUAAGCUUCUGACCGUUCAGAGGCAAGAUUAACCCUAGGGUUCUUUCGGUUUAUCUACUUUAUUUAACCCCCUGUUAAAUAUUAACCCCACAUUGAGAAUACCCAAAUCAGGACUCCUGCACAGCGGUAGGUUUCAAACGAAUCCAGGUUCGCAUUUUACAGCGUAGCCGGUGUCUCCGUUUCCGAUUCCAACUCGAACUCGGACCCGCCUCGUUCAAAAUACUUACUUAGGUUGUCCACAAAAAAAAAUAAUAAGAUAUAUAUACAUAGUAAUAUUUAUAUAAAUGUGAGGAAAUCCAAUUUUAAGUAGACAAACUUAGAUGAAACGGGCAGAAAGUGUGCAAAUUUAAAACCAAAUAAAUACUAAAUCUUAGCUCUUCACUUCAACGAACUUGGCAAUUGCAAUUAUUCGAAUAUAUUUAUAUAUAUAAAUGUUAUAUAUGGCUAAAUCUC